GAUUACAAACUGAGAAGGCAAACGACAAUUGAGAAACAAUCAUAAGAAUCAAAAUUAGGGUUAGGGUUAACCGGAGGGGGAAAAAUGGAGGGAUGGGAUCCAAACACGAAAUCGACAUUGACUCAGAUCCCGCUCCUGGCAACGAAAGCUGGACCAAGGGACGGAGCUACUUGGACACAGAGGCUGAAGGAGGAGUACAAAGCUUUGAUCGCUUACACUCAGAUGAACAAGUCCAACGACAACGAUUGGUUCCGUAUCUCCGCUGCUAAUCCCGAGGGGACGCGUUGGACCGGUAAGUGCUGGUACGUCCACAACCUGCUAAAGUACGAGUUUGAUCUCCAGUUCGAUAUUCCCGUUACUUAUCCAUCUACUGCUCCGGAGAUCGAGCUACCUCAACUCGACGGCAAGACCCAGAAGAUGUAUAGAGGAGGAAAGAUUUGCUUAACGGUUCAUUUCAAGCCACUUUGGGCCAAAAAUUGUCCUAGGUUUGGCAUAGCACAUGCACUUUGUUUGGGUCUUGCCCCAUGGCUAGCAGCAGAGAUUCCGAUUCUAGUGGACUCUGGCAUGAUUAAGCACAAGGAUGAUGCUACCUCAUCCACUGAUUCUUAAUCAUUCAUACGGCAUCCCAGCUGUAAAGUAGCAUUGCUUCAGUUUCAGAGUUCUUAGCUUGGUCAAAGAAAAUAAAUCUUGAAACUUAAGCUGACAAUUUACUGGACGUUUAUAUAUUGUGUACAAUCUGUCUGCAAAACUUGGUAAACAUUUUUUUUAUAUCAAAUACAGUAUUUGUAGUUUAUAAAAUCCAUAGUUUUUAAAUGUAGAAAUGGAGAAAGGAAAAAUCAAUGGGAUAUUUGCUUAUUCUGCGGAUAAUGCGCUUGGUUUUGACUUUAUGUAAUCGAGUUCUGAUAAUGUGAGCCUUUUUUCUUCA